AUGGCAUGGCAUGGCAUGGCAUGGCACUUGACCCCACCCCUAGCACGGAAGGUCGGAUUUUCUGGCUCCCUUCCAGGUUCUCACUCGCUCUUACCCUUACUCUCAAGCCCACCUGCACCCGACCUCACCUCACCUUGCCUUAGGCUCUACAUGCCUUCCUGCCUACCUUACACGCCCCCUGCCCUGUUCUUUCCCUCGAGUGAGGUGAGAGCUGCUGCUGCUAGGUGCGUGAAAACUUGGCAGUCUGCCAAAAAUACACACCCGUACCCGUUUCGCCCUUCACCGCUGUACUGCGCUGCUGCCCACCAAGCAAUUGUUUGA